AUGGUCGCCGAUGCACUAAUCUAUCACCCUACUGUCGCGCACUACAACAAGUUCGUCGCAACGACUGUUGGUCGCGACAAGGCCCUUCGUUUCGUUCAAUACCUCUCUCGCUUCCUCGCUUGGUACACCCUCCGCACCAACAGCCCUCAAUUGACAGUUGUGCAAUGGGCCAAGCUCAAAGCCAAUCUCGGCCUCGUCCGUAAAGCCAUGCGUAUUGGCAAGUUUGUCGAGCACUUCCGCGCCGCAGCAACUGCCUACGAUUCAAAGACCCUGGAUCCAGUCAUCCGCUUCUGCACCACUGGAAGACAGCUUGGAUACGGAGCUUACAUGCUCACUGACACAUUGACCUACCUUGAUGCCUCGGGUGUGAGGCCCAGUGCUACCGCCAAGAAGUUGCAGGUCCAGGCAUACAAGGGGUGGUUGACUGGGUUGUGCUUUAGUGUCUUGAACGGUGUUUACACCAUUUACAAGAGCAGGAGCGAGGAGGCUGCACAGACGGAUAAGGCCGCCGCUGCUGAGAAGACAGUCGAGGUUAAGAAGUUGCAGCGUGAGAGAAGUGCUGCUCAGACACAGCUCAUCUCGGAUCUUUGCGAUCUAUUUGUCCCUCUUUCAGCUCUCGGCUACAUCAAGGUCGACGAUGGCAUUGUCGGUCUGGCUGGUUGCGUCAGUUCCCUGAUCGGUCUGACGGCACAGUGGAGCAAGACUGCGUAA